AUGCCACACUGUAGGCCCCCAUCAGUAAUGACAACAAAUCAGCCUAUAGAGAAAGAGUACCAGGGUAAAACCAACAAUCUGUCAACAGUAUUGAGAAGACAAGAAAGACCAAGAUCAAGAAUUGACUUGUACAGUGCAUCAACAACUUAAAAAAUGGAAAACACCAGUUUUGAAGCUGAAAACAUGACCGGAAACACAACACAUAAUACCACUAUUCAGCAGGGGGGAUUUACAAACUUGAAGAUCUUUUCAUUUUGCAUUUCUUUUGCCACCUAUAUUGUGGGUCUCAUUGGAAAUGGGAUUGUCAUAUUUCUGACUGGCUGCAGGAUGAAGAUGACCAUCAACGCCAUUUGGUUUCUCAACUUGGCAGUUGCAGACUUCAUCUACUUGUUUUCCUCAUGCAUAGAUCUUCUCUUAUUUUUAGCCCACUGGCCAGAAAUUUUCUUCAUAAUGUUACAAAUAAAUAUGUUUGCUAGUAUUUAUUUUCUUGUAGUUAUCAGUCUGGACCGAUGCCUGUGCACAUGGAUGGCCGUUUGGGCUCAAAACAAACAAACUUUACUUAGAGCCAGGAUCAUCUGCAUAAUUGUCUGGGUUUCAUCCAUCGCCUUUAGCAUUCCUGACAAUAUAUUUUUUCAUAACUCUCUGAUCACAUAUGAAUUUACAGUGGGCUUCCUCAUCCCCUUUUUGAUAAUUUUAUCUUCAUAUAUAGCUAUUGGAGUGCGAAUCAAACACUUCAAAACCAGAAAGCAGCUCAGGUCGUACCGGAUCAUUAUAACUGUAAUCUUAGCUUUUUUCAUAUGUUGGUUUCCAUACCAUGUUUGGUGUUUUUAUUCAGUAACUGUAGAAAAAAAUUAUCAAGACGUGUUUAAAAUUGUCAGUAUCUACCUGGUUGAUCUAAACAGCUGUCUGAACCCCAUUCUCUAUGUGUUCAUGUGUGAUGAGUAUAAUAAGAAGCUUAAACAGUCUCUGCAGCUGGUGCUGGAGACGGCUUUUGCUGAAGAUCAUUUGGACUUUAAUGCAGAUGGAAGUGGACGAGCAGGACAAGAAAACCAAACUGAACUGUUAGAUUUGUAGAAAACUGGUCUCUAAAUGAUAAACCUGGGUCUAAUCCAGUAUGUCCUUAUCUAGAAACUUGUAAAAAGCAGCAACUACAAAAUUCAUGUUUGAUGCAUGACUGUAUGUAAUUUGUGUUGUAAAACCAAACAGAGAAAGUCUCUUCAAGUAUAGGCUAAUGAACAUUAUAUAUGUUUAUGAAACUUUUCAUGAAUUCAAAUAUGCAAAAAACUCAUUUUGUUA